UCAUUUUCUAGAAAAUGCUGCCAGUAGCAGGUAACAUCCAAUCGGCCCAAAAAAAUUGCCUCUCUCAGAAUUAUCCGUUCCGUAAGGAUUCCGACGAACCGGAGCAUCAUGAAUGCAUGGAAUUUCCGCCGACAGAAUACGAAAGUAAUUUUGUUUGCUGCAGAUACGACAAUAAACCGAAGUUAAGACGCGACUUGUUACGUGAACAGUUUCGUAUAAAGGCAACAGAGAAAAUUUUAAGACAAGCACAGGAACGAUAUGAAAUUCUCCAUCGCCAAGAGGAAGAACGUAUGCCGUUGAAAAAGCAACCGGAUUAUUAUAUGUCCCGGGAUAGUAGCGACGGUCCGGAGUAUGACCUCUACAAAACCGCCGAUGCUAUGACGACGUUCUGGAGUUAUCGUUCGAAACCUAAUGCAUCCAGAAGGAAGAAUACAAAUUUUACGAAGCCCAUCAGCGAACAGUUGGAUCAACAGUUUGGAUGAUUUUCUAUUGAUUUUCGGUAGUAAUUACUGCAUUGCUUUUCAGAUAUAU